AUGGCCAUCCAACAGGCCCAACAAGCGCACGAGAGCCCAAGCCCUCUAUGGAGCACCCCCGUAUUCAUCCUACGGCUCUAUCUAGUAUCCUCCAUGUCUCCUUCCUUCCUGGUCCACCCGUCCUCCCUGCCUCCCACGUCCUCCCUCCUCUUCUCCGUCCGCCUCUGA